AUGUCUGGCGAUGUAGCUGAUCUUGAGAUCUUGACCAAAGAGUUGUUUCCGUCCAUAUCCUGGAAGCGAGCUAAAGGCAUCAUACGGGGUACUCGACGCGUUUUUGGGGACGAUACCCAUCCCGAAGAAGUUCACUGGACGUCAGGAGUCGGGCAAGUCGGGUUCAGGAGCUCUGCGAGUGGGGAUAGGGAUGGUAUCAUAUUGGAUGUGGAGUGGUUGGGUGACGAGGUCGGGGAAGUACGGGUACAAGGAGGGAUGGAGGGAUAUGUCAAGAUUGGGGAUCCGCUUAAGCCUGAUCCUUACCCCCAAGCCCCUUCCUUCAACCUUGAAGCCACUCGGAAAGACCUCUACUCUACCUCCCCUAGUUUUCGCCGUCAGCUCGGCGGCGUAGGUUUUGAAGUUGCUAUUGAGAGAGUCAGGGAACCAGGGAGCUUGCCUAGUGAUACCAGUGGGUGGGUGAAGAUACCGAGGGAGAAUGGAAAGCAUGGGGCAGCGCCGGUUUGGUUUGUGGGGAGGCAGGGGGAUGGGGCAAAAGUGUGGACUUUGGCGAUCUGGUUGGGUUUCCAAGGAGAAAGAAAGACUUGA